AUGCGUGUUUGCAGGAGUGAGGAUCUGGGCCUCAUCAACGCAUCGUCUACUUCAAUGCAUUCAAUCUCCGCGUAUCUGGACGAAACCUGCGACGUUUCGUCAACGAGCUUCGCUGAGUGGGACAGACUACAGAAACAAAUGCUGGAACAAACUCUUCCACGGCGAUCAGUUGCGGCGUGGGGAUCAUACUUUAUUUGGGAAACCAGGAAAAGCUGCAAUUACAAGUCGUAUAAUUUGCACCAGUCACUGACCGCUGCAGCGCUUCACAAGCUGUAUCGCCCGACGGGAUUGGAGCACUCGACCGCAGGCACAUGGGGAUGUGCGCACAACUUUCGUCUGGGAGAUGCGCAAUGUCACUUUUGACGCGCGCGACGAUGUCGACUUUUAUGUCUUAUGGCUUCAUCGCCGAUAUCGCCAAUCACCAACGCGGCCAGAAAUCCAUCAUGUUGUACGCGCGAGGUACAGUGUGCGCAAGAGGCAAGCGUGACUUCGCCGCGGAACAGCAGCGGUACUAUUUUGAUCUUUCGGAAAAAGACGUCGCCGACCUGGAGGAUGUCAGACGCUUGAAACAAAUUUUGUCAGGAGGCGCAGAGCCAACAGAGCCUUGAACAAGAUUUGAUUUCAAGUGCGAAUCGUCUAACUUCGUUUCGUCAGUGGGGCAAGUCAUAACUUUAACUUAUAUGCAGUAUAACUUUAACUUAUGUGAUUUUUUGCGAAUCCGGAUGGAUGAAAUGACAACAACCAGAAUUAUGUAUGACGGACUUGAAAUUGAAUAGCUGAAGUAGACCUAUCAACAAGAACAAGAUGGACAUGUCUCAUUAUGAUCCAACAUUUUAAUCAUAACCCUUCUGUGUCCGUGUCGUGUACAGACUUGCUUCAACUAUAAUUUUAAUAAACGAGCCCGCAGGCGCAGUAUCUGCAAUCAUCUUGUCCAACCAAGAAGAUUUGAACUAGUAGAUGAAACUUUGAGAGCGGGUACAUCGGACGGACAGGCACAGGGACCCUGGCUCAUGAAAUACUCCAGUCAAGAUGUUGAUCACAAAGAGAAU